CUCGGUAUAGCAGCAUGCAACUCUUUCAUGCAGCGAAGUCAGCCAUCUUCGCAAAGCGAGAAACCUCUGCGACUUUUGAGAAGACCCAGCCGCCUCAUCGCUCAGUAACAGAGGGCUUUUCUACAUCACGACCAUCUGCAUUGCACGCGAAUGAGGUCAGCACAUUGGUGGUUGCAACGGCACCGGAUGACCCGACGCAAGUCGUCGUGCAUCGUGUGGAAAUCGGACCGACAGCCGACUCGCCCGGGGCAGCUGACAUCGCAACAGAGGAGGUCAUUCAGCGGAGGCGGAGCACGCCCACAGCCGAGCCAAGCCCUCUCAUUAUUGAUUCGCAGCUGUCACGGUCAGCCCCCCGUCUGUUCGCCUCAGCAACAGGCCCUGUUAUGGUUCGAGACACGGCGAAAGAGCACGCAGAAAGGAAGGAGCGGAGCCCUCCAGGCAGCAAUAGCGUGAUGGAAUCCCCCGGCGUCCUCGAGCCUGCAGUGCCGCCGCCCUAUGACACACAGCUGUCGGCCUACACGACCCUCUCCUUCGAGCGCGGCCCUCCCCCAACUCGCAUGACCACGACAGCCCACCGAGGAAGCGACAUGAGGGGCUCCCCGGCUGUCUCAACAUUCACUACACCCAAAGGCGCGUAUCAUCCCAAGCUGAGCGUCUCGCGGUUUCGGGAAUCGCAGGAGGAACUGUUGGACACAGCAGUACCUGCUGGGAAGGGCGAGAAUACGCCAUUCGUGCAGACGGAGGAGAAGGAAGAUGAUGAAGUGGUGAAGAGUUUCGAGCUGGCCAAGACAAGUGGGGAGAGGGUCAAGGUGCUGAUGGGCCGCGACGAGAUUACCUUCCAGGAGAUGCCCACUGACGCCACACAAACGAAGAAGUGAGAUACCAGAAAGAUGUCGUCUUGAACUAUCUGCUCGCCUUUGGUCGUGUUUCAGAUUGGUUUGCUGCUGCGCGUGACCCCC